CAAACUUGUCAUCAGAACACGCGUAGAUCGAAGGCAGGUUGUUGAAGAAGCAGCCCUUUGGACGAACGAAGAUGAGGCGGUGAAAUACAAGGCAUUGAACUCGCGUAUAUUCAUUCCGUCCUGUUUUUAUUCCGACUACUGUGAAAAUGACGACCACGACGACAUAUCAAGGGAUGGAGCCCGGUGCUAAAAACAGCUCCAGGGUUUUGCGUCCUCCCGGCGGCGCCUCCAACAUUUCAUUCGGCGCAGAUGAGGACAAACCUCCCGCCCGCAAAGACAAGAUGGCCUCCAGCGUUUUUGCCGAGCCGGAAGACCCCUACGCUAAUCGAAGAAAUAAUCCGCCAGGUGGGAAGCCGACGGGCGUCCUGUGCGGUGAGUCGUCAGCGCCCCUUCGGAGAGGCACCGCCAAUGCCGUGAACUCAGCAGACAACUCCUCAUCGGAUGGAGACACGCCUGCAUGUGACAAAGGCGGUGACCCUGCUGAGUCGGCAGCUGCUCCCGAGCGUCAAGACGACGCCCCUCCAGCUGAGGACCCGGCAACUGGACCACCCUCCGGACGGAGGAAUCCCCCCGGAGGAAAGUCCAGCCUCAUACUGGGUUAAAUCGGUGCCAAUCGAGACCACCACCACCACCCAUCCUUGCUUUGUCUUUUCCUCCUCACAUCUCAAUGUGGGGACCCCCACCCACCCUCCCACCCUCAACUACCUUGUAACGGUACCUGGGACCUCCUCUCUGAUGUCUCUCCAGUGCCAGUCCUCCUCCGCAUUUCAAGUGCAUUGUUUUGAUACCUCCUUGUCGGAACCAUUUUUGUACUGUUAUUUAUUUUGACAGAAGCACUUUAUGUCUUUCAAAGUCAGCCCGUUUGGUCCUUAUCUUCACCCCGCAGAGGCCGCAAGGGAACUCGUCACCGUACGGUAACUUCACCCCACGUUUCUUUCUAAUGACACGGCACAAAAUGCAGGCGACGAUACAAACAUCAACAGAAAGCUUUCACUUGAGAGUUUAUUUUCUAAUUUGAGUCAUCCCCGUGUGCCUGUUUGGUCCUCAAUCAGAAUCACAGUUGAUGAAAAACUCUCUCUGUGAAGUCUUUUUUUUCAUCUAUUUUGUGAUAGAAACAUGUUGUAUUGUGACUGCAUGGAAUUUGAAUCUUUUUACUGGUUAUAGUACUUACAAAAAAAAACAAAAAACAUGAGGACAACACUGUUCGCCAGUAUUCCGAAUCCCGGCUUUUUGUAUUGUAUUGGCUCACCGCCGAUGUUUUACCGCUCGUAGUCACACUCUGAAGCGAUGUGUGCGUCGUUUACGUUUCAAAACUCAGUCAAAGUUGGAUUGUCUGCUCGUGUGUAGAGCAGCAACAGCCGCGUCCUUGCGUUACAUUGCAAGCCAGCAGAAUGUUGUUGGGCCUAAUGUUAAACAACCCGUCCUACAUUUGACAAGUGACCUUAUGACACAGCUCAGCCUUUGUUUCUUCUCUAGAUGUGCAUUAUCUCACUACAUUAAUGGGCAAAAGAGACUCCAAACAGCCAGAAUUUUGUGUGACAUCCUACCGUCAUUACAACUACUCAUAUGUGGCAUCCUGUACUUUUUUUUGGGUUACUUUUUUGUCCUCAUGCUGGAUGUUAAAGUCGCUUGCAGACAAAUUGAAUUGAAGAAAUGGCACAAGAGGAUAAUUGACAUUAAAUAUCAAUUCAGACCAUG